UUGGAGGUAAAUAUGUCGAAUGCGAGAGGGCCACUUUUGUUUACUAUACACUGCUCUUUUAUUUUGACCAAAACGUGUAUUGGUUGUACUAGAGCAAGUCGGUGCAACUCCAUUAUUGGCAAUACUUUUUUUUGUAACAGGAAAAAAUACUUGGGUUCCCUUUCUACUAUUGCGGAACGAAGUAGGCAACGCUUGAGAAGAAGAAAACAGUUAAACUCUAAGAAACCUCGCUCUUUUCAUAUUGCCUCAGCUUUUGCCAUUUCUCCGGACGUCAUAUUGUUUUCUGGUGGUUUUGUUGCUUUUUUUCUUAGCGCCGCCUUAGGAGGAAACGAUGUUGCAAACGCCAUGGGAACUUCUGUUGGGACAGGAGCAGUUUCCAUAAAAACUGCGCUUGCUAUUGGUGCAGUUAUGGAGUUUGCUGGAGCAGUUUUGCUUGGAUCAAGAGUCACACAGACUAUAGGAAGUGGAGUCAUUUCCAUAGGUCCUUUAGCAAGUUUAGGUGCUUCCUCAAGUCUCAACUACAUGUUGGGAAUGUUUUGUGUUUUAUUGGCAAGUACUCUGUGGCUGAUACUCGCUACUUUGUUGGGACUUCCGGUUUCUUCCACGCACUCUGUUGUUGGUGGAUUACUUGGUUUUGGUAUUUCGGCUGGCUGGAAAAUCAAUAUAGCUCAAGUUUUAAGAAUUCUAUCGAGUUGGUUUAUAAGUCCUAUUUUUGGUGGCUUUACUGCAUUUUGUAUGUAUUAUGCUCUCCGAAAGCUUAUAUUCAAAAGGCCUUCGCCGUUAUCCAUGUUAAAACGACUAUUGCCAAUCUUGAUCGGUUCCAUUUUGUUUGUCUUGAGUUUAUUUCUAUUGAUGAAAAACGAAGGCAAGCAAGAAUUGGGUAAAUUGUUGACUGUUGCUAUGGGUGUUUCUAUGACUUCGGCUGGUUUAGUAGCAGCAUUGAUGCAAAACCUUGGAAUCUUAGACUCUUCACUUCCAAUGAAUGCAGAAGAAACUUUUACUCGUUUGGAAGUUAAAGGUGGUCAUGGUCAAGAAGGAGGUGAAGUGGAAUAUAUUUUUGGUCUUCUUCAAUUCACUACUGCCUGUUUUGUUGCUUUUUCACACGGCAGUAAUGAUGUCUCCAAUGCUAUUGGUCCUUUUGCUGCUAUUUAUUCGUUAUGGAAAUCUUAUCCUCUCAUUGGAAUAGCUUUACAAUUUGAAGUGCCUCCUUGGAUACUUCUUAUGGGAGGCUUAGGACUUUCAGUUGGCUUGGUUUUAUUUGGCCAGUCUGUCAUGGAUACGGUAGGUCGAAAAAUCACACAUUUGGUUCCCAGCAAAGGCUUUUGUGUUGAGUUGUCUACCGCAAUGACAGUAAUGUUGGCUAGUGAGUUUGGACUUCCUAUUAGUACCACGCAUACUCUCAUUGGAUGUAUUGUUGCUGUUGGAUUGGCUAGUGGGAAUAGAGAGAUUGAUGUGAAGGUGCUUCGUAGCAUUAUAAUGAGCUGGUUUGUGACAGUUCCUGUUACAGCUUUACUAAGUAUGGCAUCGUUUUUUAUUUUAAAGCAUUGGUUACCUUGACAUUCUCAUGCAAUGUUUUGAUUGACAACAUUUGAAGAGAAAUAUGAAGUUAUUGUUCUUUCUGCCUUGUCAUGGAUAAUGGUUGUGUUGGUUUAUUUCCUACAAUAAUAUUCAAAUAAAUUCAAUUGAAGUUAAACUUUUCAAGGCAAACUGUUUUUAUUUCGGCAGAUGGAUAACGUUGCCCAAAAAACUCAUCGUUUUUAUGCAUAGCAACAAGUCUUUUAUAGAUAUUCACUGUUAGUAUCUACACUGUACGAUAGACAACUCAAACCAUAGAAAAACCCUUUCAACAAGAGACAACUCAUUAUUGGGUCCUAUUCCAUUUACAAAAUAGCUAACUCUUGAGAUCAACUACAAACGAUGGAACAAGUAACUUUGAAGUCACAACUCCUGGAAGCCAAAUGAAAGUAAAAGUUCCAUUUGCCAAACAACGGAAGAGUGAAUAGAGAGAAGUGGACAAGUUGUAUACCCAAGUGAAACGAAGGUAGGUUAUAUAGUUGUGACUCAACCAAGUCUUUUAACUCGUUCCAUUUCCUGUCAGAGAACUACCAGUACAGAAAGUUACUAUGUUCAAUAUUUAACAUGCUAAGUCUCUUUUAAUUUAACGUAACUUUCUUUUCCAAUUAACACGCAUCAAUGAAAGUUAACUUCUAUUAGUAACUUUGUCUAGACACUUGUUUUCAACAGGCACCUG